ACCCCGUUGAAAAGAGAUAAUGUUUACCGCCACCUUGUCAUCACUUUGGCCUGGGGACUAGAAAAAGGUGGACUUGACUUUAUUUUUUCAACUUUUCUACUUUAAUACAUUUCUCAAGCGUCAGGUUCAAAAUGGAGACCAAGCGUGAAGAUUCCUUGUUUUUGAAGUAUGCCAAGGUUGUGAUGGUGGUGGCUCUCUAUUGGGUGGUGUCAAUCUCCAUGGUAUUCGUGAACAAGACACUGCUGGGGGGGUCGGUGGGGGGCAAGACGGACGCCCCCCUCUUUGUGACCUGGUUCCAGUGUGUGGUGACGGCUGGUGCCUGUCUGGCGACCUCACGUCUCACCAGGCUGGCCCCACAUAUCCUGACGUUUCCUGAAGUUGGACACAUAGAACCAGCCACAGUCAGGAAGGUGUUGCCGUUGUCAAUAAUCUUCGUGGCGAUGAUUUCCACCAAUAAUUUGUGUCUGAAGUACCUCGGGGUUGCCUUCUACUACGUCGGACGCUCCCUCACCACGGUGUUCAAUGUCAUCUUUACUUAUUUCAUCCUCGGGCAGCGGACGUCCCUGCCAGCGCUGGCGUCGUGUGCUGUCAUUGUGGCUGGAUUCUGGCUCGGCGUCGACCAGGAGAGUGUGUCAGGGUCGCUGUCGGUAAUGGGUAUAGUUUUUGGCGUCCUGGCUUCCAUAUUUGUCUCACUCAAUGCUAUAUUUACCAAAAAGAUCUUGCCAGCCUUGGACGGGUCAGUGUGGCGAUUGUCUUACUACAACAACGUUCUGGCGGCCAUCUUGUUUCUACCGCUGAUGUUGGUGGCAGGGGAGGGGCCGGCCAUCCUGUCCCUCCUCUCUGGGGCCACCACCGCCACCACCACCACCACCACCUUCUGGGCCAUGAUGGUUCUCAGUGGCCUGUUCGGUUUUGCGAUUGGUUACGUAACAGGAUUGCAGAUUCAGGUGACGUCCCCGCUAACCCACAACAUCAGCGGAACAGCCAAGGCAUGCACCCAGACAGUCUUGGCGAUGUGGUGGUAUGACGAGACCAAGACGGUGUUGUGGUGGUGUAGCAACUGGGUGGUGUUGGGGGGGUCACUUGCCUACACCAGGGUGAAGCAACAGGAGAUGAAGCAGCACCAUCUAGAGGCCACCAGGGACCAGGAGGAGAGUGAGGGACUGACCAAGGGAGAGGCCACGGACGCUUAAAAGAAAACUCUCUCUCUCUCUCUCUCUCUCUCUCUCUCUCUCUCUCUCUGACAGGUUGUGAGAAGUAGCAUAACAAACGAUUUUUAUACAAUAUUUAUUAAACAAAACUAAUAAUAAUAACAAUAAUAACAAUAAUAAUAACAAUUGUAUAUUUUUCAAACUAAUUUUUUAUAACAAAGUCAGUGUUCCUCUGUAUAAAUUUCCAAAUAUACAUUAAAAUCUUCGUAUAUA